CCAGCUCGGAUGUUAAGAUCCGGAAUAAAUUCUGAACAUUUUUAAUGGACAUCUCCCCUCUUUGUGCUUGAAGUACAGCUUUCCAGAAAGCACACGGAGCUUUUGGUCCAGAGGAAUGUUAUUUUUGGUGCUGAGCUGAUCCAGACUAGAGAUUGGAGGGGGAGGGCAGGGAAAGUUAGAGGAACCCAUUUGGAGGAAAUAGCUGUUUAGAACUCCUCCUAAGUCUAACUUCACAUUCCUCCUCUCAGCCACUCUGUGCCAGUUCUGGAGCUACGAAAUCUGCGAGGAACGGACGAGCGCAUACAGCAAAUCCAGGUCUUGCGCAAGGGAUGUCAAAGUGUUGCGUAAAGGAAAAGUAACGGAACACGAUCAGAGCUGGGUGGAAAAAACAGAUUUGCAGGGAAGUCUUUCUACUCCUCCGGGCUGCAUGUGCUGUUUGACGAAGGUUACACGGUGCGGGUGUGUUGAUCUGUUCCACAAGACUUAGCGCUCCUGCAGCAUCUCCAAGCGACCAUGGCUUGCCUCCUCGUAUCCGUGACUGUGCUGCACCUGGUUGCCCUGGCAACGCUCCUCAUCGCCACGCUGGAGAAGUCCUGGUGGGUUUGGGAUGAUUUGGAAGUCUCGGACCUGUGGUAUAACUGCUUCCAUGACAACGCCUCAGACACUUGGUUAUGUUCCAGCGCCUACGAAAGUGACUGGCUCCAGUCCGUUCAGGCCCUCAUGAUCCUCUCUGUAGUCUUCUCCUCAAUCUCCUUCCUGGUUUUUGUGGGGCAGCUCUUCACCUUGUCUCAGGGAGGACUCUUCUACUGCACAGGCCUCUGCCAGGCCUUUGCCGGCUUCACAGACUUCGCGGCCUGCCUCAUCUUCACCUUCCACAGAAAGGAGAUCCUGAGUGACUCCAAAGAUCUGAGCAAAGGGCGCUUUGGCUACUGCUUCAUUCUGGCCUGGCUGUGUGUCCCUCUGCUCCUCGUCAGCUCAGUCCUAUAUGUCCACCUGCGAAAGAAGCCGUGAUGCAACAAACAGAGACCUGAAACCUAAAAUAGAGACAGUGCAACCACGUUACACACACACACACACACACACACACACACACACACACACACACACACACACACACACACACACACACACACACACACACACACACACACACACACACACACACGCCUCAUUGACAUUCAUUCCCUUCACAACCGUCACAACUAAAGGUCCAAAUGUCUCCCUUUCUCCAAUUCCAAUGACACCCUAUCUCUAACCUAAGCCCUAAAAGCAUAUCUUAAACUUCAAAUGGCCCUUUAAAGUUGAAAUGAACUCUUUAAAUGACGAAGCUCCGCUCCCUGCUGUGUUUAGGAGCCUGUCUCGUUCUAGGGGAUUGUGAGUGAACGCUGACAUUCAAGAGCAGGACUAAAAAUUGAACGCAUUUAAAGACAACACGUUAUAUUUGUGACAAUAGAAGCGCUGAAAAAAAUAAGCUGUUGCUCAUUUUAUAUCCAUUGUUAUCAUGAUGUCCGUUUUUUUAAUUUUAUCAAAUUACACUCUUCAAAUUUAAUAACAGCCUCUAUGAGUUUAAAAAGCCUGUUGUGUUUUCAAUUAUGUGAUUUAUUGUCUGAUACAGUGCAAAUGCAAUCACAGCUCAGUGGCUGAGUGCAGGUGAAGGUGUGUCAUCCCUGUGAUUAAAUCACUCAUUAUAUUGUG